GCGGGCUCUAGUUGCUUGUUGUUCUUAUCAAGAUGGCUGCUGCUACCGGGGAUGGAGAGUGAGCUCCGGCUGUCAUCUCAACACAGGCCCAGGAAACCGACACUAACACGCCCAGAGACCGGCACCGAGACCCGACUGGACCCGAACCAGGACCGCCUAAACCGAAUCUGAUUCUCGUUUGAAGGACAGGCAGACGGACAGACAACAGACAUGGACACCACCACGUCCAUAAAGAUGACCACACUGGCCAUCCAGAACCUCUUCAGCUACGUGGAGGAGGAGAACCUGGCUGCGCUCAAAGCUCACCUGGACCGCUUCAAGGAGGUGGACGGACGCAGCGAUAACGGACAGACUCCUCUCAUGCUGGCGGCAGAGCAAGGCAGUCUGGAGAUCGUCCAGGAGCUCAUCAGGAGAGGAGCCAACGUUAACUUGGACGAUGUGGACUGCUGGUCGGCUCUGAUCUCUGCAGCUAAAGAAGGUCAUGUGGAGGUGGUGAAGGAGCUGCUGGAGAACAGCGCCUACAUCGAGCACAGAGACAUGGGAGGCUGGACAGCUCUGAUGUGGGCGGCUUACAAAGGUCGUGUAGACGUCACCGAGCUGCUGCUGGAGCACGGAGCCAACCCCAACACUACAGGACAGCAAUACAGCGUGUACCCCAUCAUCUGGGCUGCAGGUCGAGGACACGCCGACAUCGUCAAACUGCUGCUGCAGAACGGAGCCAAAGUCAACUGUUCUGACAAGUACGGGACCACUCCUCUCAUCUGGGCGUCCAGGAAAGGACACUUUGACUGUGUGAUGCACCUGCUGGAGAAUGGAGCCGACGUCGACCAGGAGGGGGCGAACUCGAUGACGGCGCUGAUUGUGGCGGUGAGAGGCGGCUACACUGAGGUGGUGAAGGAGCUGCUCAAGAGGAACCCCAACGUCAACAUGACCGACAAAGACGGGAACACGGCGCUGAUGAUUGCCGCCAAGGAGGGUUACACGGAGAUCGUCCAGGACUUGCUGGAUGCCGGGACCUACGUCAACAUCCCAGACCGGAGCGGUGACACGGUGCUGAUUGGAGCAGUGAGGGGCGGUCAUGUGGAGAUCGUCAGAGCUCUGCUGCAUAAAUAUGCCGACAUAGACAUUAGAGGACAGGAAAAUAAAACUGCUCUGUACUGGGCCGUGGAGAAAGGAAACGCUACCAUGGUCAGAGACAUCCUGCAGUGUAACCCCGAAACUGAGACCUGCACCAAGGUGAGACACCUGAACACAUUUGAACACACUGUGUUUGAGAGAGGAGACACACCCCUCCACAUCGCCAUCCGUGGGCGGAGUCGCCGCCUGGCCGAGCUCCUCCUCAGGAACCCCAAAGAUGGCCGCCUGCUUUACCGACCCAACAAAGGCGGAGAGACGCCAUACAACAUCGACUGCAGCCACCAGAAGAGCAUCCUCACACAGAUCUUUGGAGCGCGUCACCUGUCCCCCACAGAGACGGACGGAGACAUGUUGGGUUAUGACCUGUACAGCUCUGCGCUGGCUGACAUCCUGAGCGAACCCACCAUGCAGCCUCCCAUCUGUGUUGGUCUGUACGCCCAGUGGGGCAGCGGCAAGUCCUUCCUGCUCAAGAAGCUGGAGGAUGAGAUGAAGACGUUUGCCGGGCAGCAGAUUGAGCCGUUGUUUCAGUUCUCCUGGCUCGUCGUUUUUCUGUCUCUGCUGCUCUGCGGCUCCGUUGCCGUCAUCCUCGGCUUCACUGUCGACCCCAAACUGGCCAUGGCGGUCUCCCUCAGCCUGCUCGCUCUGCUCUACCUCUUCUUCGUGGUAGUGUACUUUGGCGGGCGUCGGGACGGCGAGAGCUGGAACUGGGCGUGGCUGAUCAGCACCCGUCUGGCCCGUCACAUCGGGUAUCUGGAGCUGCUGCUGAGGCUGAUGUUUGUGAACCCGCCGGAGCUGCCUGAGCAGAGUACCCGAGCUCUGCCUGUCAGGUUCCUGUUUACAGAUUACAACCGGCUGUCGAGCGUCGGUGGAGAGACGUCGAUGGCAGAGAUGAUCGCCACGUUGUCCGAUGCCUGCGAGAGAGAGUUUGGCUUCCUUGCCACACGCCUGUUCAGAGUGUUCAAGACCGAGGAGACGCAAGGUAAGAGGAAGUGGAAGAAGACGUGCUGCGUCCCGUCCUUCAUCCUGUUCGUCUUCGUGCUGGCGUGCCUGCUGAGCGGCAUGGCGCUGCUGGCCGUCUUUAAGGUGGACGGGGAGAACCGGACGGUGAACGGCGUGCUGGUGGCCAUCGGCAGCGUGGUAGGUCUGGCUCUGCUGCUGAACUGCAGGACGUGGUGGCAGGUGACCGACUCAGUGCUCAACUCUCAGAGGAAGAGGCUCCACAGCGCCGCCAACAGGAUGCACAAGCUGAAGAGCGAGGGCUUCAUGAAGGUGCUGAAGACUGAGGUGGAGCUGAUGGCGAGGAUGGCGAAGACCAUCGACGGCUUCACGCAGCAUCAGACGAGGCUGGCGGUCGUCAUCGACGGGCUGGACUCCUGCGAACAGGACAAAGUUCUGCAGAUGCUCGACACGGUGCGGGUGUUGUUCUCUAAAGGCCCCUUCAUCUCCAUCUUUGCCAGCGACCCUCACAUCAUCAUCAAGGCCAUCAACCAGAACCUGAACAGUGUCCUCAGAGACUCCAACAUCAAUGGACACGACUACAUGAGGAACAUCGUUCACUUGCCGGUCUUCCUCAACAGCAGAGGACUGUCCAGCGCCAGGAAGAUGUGCGCUGCUGCACCGGCCAACGGGGACACCACCAACACUGAGGGGUGGCACGAGGAGCUGGACAGGAAGCUGUCUCAGCACAGUCUGGGAGAACUAACCAAGUUUGGAAGCAAGACAACGCUCAACCGGCGGGACACGUACCGGCGGCGGCAGGUGCAGCGCUCAGUGACUCGUCAGAUGUCGUUUGACCUGACAAAGCUGAUGGUGACGGAGGAUUGGUUCAAUGACAUCAGCCCACAGACAAUGAGGAGGCUGCUCAACAUUGUUUCCGUCACAGGUCGUCUGCUGCGAGCCAAUCAGAUCAGCUUUAACUGGGACCGCCUGGCGUCAUGGAUCAACUUGACGGAGCAGUGGCCCUACAGGACAUCCUGGAUCAUCCUGUACCUGGAGGAGACUGAUGGAGUCCCCGACCAGGCCACGCUCAAGACAAUUUACGAGAGAGUGUCGAAGAACAUCCCCACCACCAAAGACGUGGAGCCUCUGCUGGAGAUCGACGGAGAUGUUCGGAGCUUCGAGGUCUUCCUCUCCUCACGGACGCCAUUCCUUACAGCCAGAGACAUCCGGACCUUCCUGCCCUGCACCGUCAACCUGGACCCCAAACUGAGGGAGAUCAUUGCAGACGUUCGUGCUGCCCGGGAGCAGAUGAAUAUGGGCGGGGACACGUAUCCAUCCAUCCCCCUGCAGGAGACACAGGCUCGCCCCACCUCGGUGUACAGUCAGGUGUCGUCAGCGUGCUCGCCGUCCGCCUCCUUCAGCGGGCCCUUCAACCAGCCGGCAGGGGGCGUGGUCUCCCCGCAGCCUCACAGCAGCUACUACAGCGGCUUGGCUGGACCACAGCACCCCUUCUACAACAGGGGUUCAGCCUCCGUGGUGUCGGGCACUCCGGCCAUCCUCCUCAGCUCCAUGACAACAGAGGCCGUGUGUGAGCGCGUGCGGCAGAUCGAAGGCAUCGACCAGAGCAUGAUGGGACAGUACAGCGCCACCAUCAGGAAGGCCAACGUCAACGGCAGAGUUUUGUCUCAGUGUAACAUCGACGAGCUGAAGAAGGAGAUGAGCAUGAACUUUGGAGACUGGCAGCUCUUCAGAGCCACCGUUCUGGACAUGCGCCACAUAGAGAGUCAGGUGCUGCAUGAGGAAGCUGCCAGUGAGCAAGGCAGCCUUGUGGGCGGCCACACCGAGACGGGGAGGCGAGCUGUGGCUCUGCCCCACGCUGGCGCCGCCAACGCAGACGGUUCUCCAAUGUACAGCUUCAACCUGAGCUUCGAGGAGCUGAGCACUGUGGGACUGGACGAGGCUCAGAGACACGGGAACAUGCAGUGGAUGGGUGGCGCUCACCGUACUGCCAGCAUGACCAGCCUAAACUCCCAGGAGUCGUCCAACGACAUCUCUAAGCUGACCGACAAGCAGCAGGCUGAGUACCGCAACGCCUACCAGGAGUACAUUGCCCAGAUGGCGCAGGUGGAGAUGGGCGGCGGAGAGCGCCCCGUCCAACCGCAGCCAGGUCAGUUCAUGACAUCAUCAUCAGAGGACAAGAGCAAAGAUGGCGGCGAGCAAGACGGAAGAAAAUCCUUUAACAAGCGGAGUGCAGGCAAACCAGCAGCAGACAACGCUGACUUCACCUCCAAUGGCGACGGUCUGGACCCCAUCACAGAGGAGGACGAGAAGGGUGACCACGGGUCCUCUAAGUUCCUGCUGACCCGUAAGACCUCGGCAGAAAGAGGAGGGCUGUUCCAGGGAGCCGCCGACCUGAAGCUGAAGGCCGGCGGUGGGCUGCGCUACCAGAAGCUGACUAGUGACGACGAGGAGUCCGAGGAGUCCGAUAACGCUCCUCUGCUCAAAGACGGCAAGAAGGUGGUCGACCCUAAACUGCCUGGCGGCUCGCUGGCACUGAAGGGGAAGGACUACCUGUCGGAUGCCAUGCUGGACAAGAAAGACUCGUCGGACUCGGGCGUGCGAUCCAACGAGAGCUCACCCAACCACUCUCUGCAGGACGAGGAGGCGGACCUGUCACAGCUGGAGCGGGCCAACCUGAUCGAGCUGGACGAGGAGAGUCUGGCCAGGAAGAGAGGCCUUCCCAGCAGCCUCAGCGGCCUCCAGGACCCCGCCGUCGCACGUAUGUCCAUCUGCUCCGAGGACCAGUGCAGCCUGCUCGCCAGCAGCCCCGAGGAGAGCUGGCCAUCCUCCAAGUCCUUCAACUUGAACCGCACGCCAAGCAACGUCACGCUCAACAACAACACCAACGCCCAGCAGGGCAACCGCCCCCGCCUGCCCGCAGAGGGCUCCUCCUCAGACCCUGCCUCCUCCUCCUCCAGUGAUGUCAUCCUCUCCCCGAGUUCCUCUGGCACCACCACCGCCACCGCCACCAGACCGGGGCCUAACAAUGAAAAUGUCCGAGUGGUUCACCUUAAGAGGGGCCUGAAGCCCGGAGACCCACCGGAGAUCUGCACUGUGUCCUCCGAAACCGUCACCUUCGGCGAGGAGCGGGAGAGCAUCCUGUGACAUAAUCCUGUGACCACACCCUGUCACCUCAUCCUGUCACCUCAUUGUAACCCGUGAAGAGUUAGAGAGCACUGACGGUCCACCAGGAGCGGCCUCUCGACCCUCUCAGCAAAUCAGGAGCCUGGAGGUCGACCUUUAAACCUCUGAACUCCUGAUGAGGCGAGACAACGUUUAAUGAGUUGUAGAAACAUCUGACAAUGUUGACGAGUUGUGACAUCACUUUGAAAGCUUCAGACGUCAAAUAUUAAAGUUAAUCAACUGAAAUUUGAAUAUUUUGGAUUUUAAAAUGGGAUGACGUGCUAAACGUUGAUGAGGGCGGAGCUUCUGCUGGUGGAGUCGUGGUCGUAGUGUUAAGUGGUCAGGAGUUGAAGGAGGCGGAGCUUCUGCUGGUGGAGUCAUGGUUGUAGUUGUAGUGUUUAGCGUAGCGGUGGUGUAGCCGCCAUCGGUCGUAGUCAUAGUAGAAGUUAAAGUUUGGUAGAAACUUUAUUGACAGUCGAAGCUGCUGCAUGUUGAUGUUGUGAUGUUUGUAGUUUCCAUAGAAACAGAUUAAUCAACAUUAGAAUUAAAAACAGCCCUCAAUUAAUUAAUGAUCAGAGAGAAAAAUUCGAUGUAAUGACAAACUUUCUGAGCGACAUGAAAACAUGAAUGUUAUUGAUGUUUAUUUAUUGUUUAAUAAUAAACUGACCUUUGUUUACAUGUAAACAUUAAAUUAACAAGUGAUAAAUGUCAGAAUGAGAUGAGUCAGUGUUCAUGUGUUUAAAGGAAGAGGCUUUUAUUCUGAAGGGUCGUCGACUCCGGAGCUGAAACGAUCAAUAGAUAAUUAAUACCUUCAUUAAUUAGUGGAUUCAUUUAUAAGUUCAUUAAUUAGCGGAUUCAUUAAUAUGUUCAUUAAUUAGUGGAUUCAUUAAUACGUUCAGCAAUAAGUGGAUUCAUUAAUACGUUCAUUAAUUAGCGGAUUCAUUAAUAAGUUCAUUAAAAAGCAGAUUCAUUAAUACGUUCAUUAAUUAGCGGAUUCAUUAAUACGUUCAUUGAUUAGUGGAUUCAUUAAUAUAUUCAUUAAUUAGUGGGUUAAUUAAUACAUUCAUUGACUAGUGGAUUCAUUAAUACGUUCAUCAAUUAGUGGAUUCAUUAAUACGUUCAUUAAUUAGUGGAAUCAUUUAUAAGUUCAUUAAUUAGCGGAUUCAUUAAUACGUUCAUUAAUUGGUGGAUUCAUUAAUAUGUUAAUUAAUUAGCGGAUUCAUUAAUACGUUCAUUAAUUGGUGGAUUCAUUAAUAUGUUCAUUAAUUAGCGGAUUCAUUAAUACGUUCAUUAAUUGGUGGAUUCAUUAAUACGUUCAUUAAUUGGUGGAUUCAUUAAUAUGUUCAUUAAUUGGUGGAUUCAUUAAUACGUUCAUUAAUUAGCGGAUUCAUUAAUACAUUCAUUAAUUAGCAGAUUGAAUAAUACGUUCAUUGAUUAGCGGAUUCAUCAAUACAUUAAUUAAUUAGUGCAUUCAUUAAUACGUUCAUUAAUUAGUGGAUUCUGAAAAUUUUUAGCUUUUCAUGGUUUUAUUUUGUAAAGCAGGAAGUAGACGUGACAUUGAAAAUAAACAGAUUAAAUUCAGGAUGACACGAAUCGUUAGCAGAGAAUAAUUAAAGGUAAAAACUGGAACAGGUCAUGAAUUCAUAAUAAAAUAAAAGUGUUAUUUUAUUUUGUUAAAUGUUGACCCUGUGACCUCUAACCUCAGCUUUACAGGAAGCUGUGGUUUUCAGAAUAAAAGCUGAGAUCAGUGUUUUUAGAUAAGUACAGUGUCAGUUUGAUGUCGUUCGUCUGUCGGUGAAGCUGCAUGUUGAUGUUUUAGAGUUUCAGUGUUGUCGUCUCAGUGCUCUCAUCAUCAUCAUCAUCUUCAUCAUCAUGUGAACACCUGAAUCUGUUGUGAAGUUAAUAAAUAAAAUGUUUGGAUGUUU